AUGAGCGGCUUCCUGAACGUGCGAAAGCCAGCCGGGCUCACGUCGCAUCGGUGCGUUGGAGUCAUGCGCCGAGUGCUGGACACGCGACAGGUUGGACAUGGUGGUACAUUGGACCCGAUGGCCACGGGCGUCCUCAUGCUGGCAGUGGGUCGGGCCACACGCUUCUUGCAAUACUUGACGACGGGUAAGGAGUACAGGGGCGCGAUCCGACUGGGCAUCACCACGGACUCGGACGACAUCACGGGUGAUGUUCGGACACAGUUACCAGCACCGUGGAUCAGUGAGGAGAUGGUGAACAUGACGCUGCAGAGGUUUAUUGGGGAGAUCGACCAGGUGCCCCCGCGUGUCAGCGCCAUCAAAAAGAAUGGCGUGAGGCUGUACAAAUUAGCGAGAGCAAAGAAAGAUUUUGACGUCAAGCCGAGACGGGUGUGUAUUAAGAAGAUCGACGUGCAAAGCUUUACACAAGGAGAUUUUCCAGAGGUUGGAGGCACAUACAUCCGAUCGAUCGCCCGGGAAUGCGGUGAGGCACUAAUUGUGCCCCCCGAGUACCUGGACUCGACGUGCAAAUUGCGCAACUCUGUUGGCGAUUUUUGCGUUGGAGGAACGCUGACUGAACUGGAGCGAACUCGAAGUGGGGCUUUUGCCAUUGCCGAUAGUCUCGACUUCGAUGAAAUCCGUUCCAUGUUAGAGCGAGGGGAGUCCCCGCUUCAGCCGAUCGAGAACAUGCUCCAGCAUCUUCCCUCCGCGGAAUUACCACUACAAACUGCCCAGUAUUGGUUGAAUGGUGGCACUGUUACUAUCCCAGCGGAAGAUAUUGAGUUCGUGGACCACAACUACUACAAACUCACCAGCGGCGAGCCCAUUCGCAUUUACUCAUCGUCGACAAUGCUUGGCAUCGCUCAAGUGGACCCACAACCUCAGUACAAGGAAGUAUUUCUCAGAAAGCGUUUAUUCAUCUAAGAGGUCGGUAUUUCUCUUCCUUGAAACCU